AUGAAACGAACCCGCAGUAAAACGGCAGAGCGCCCGAGAGACUUCUUCGAAGAGCUUGCAUCGGGAGGCAUCAGGUCUCGUUUCAAUUGGAAGCAUGACCUGGCUUCUCCAGAUUCCACGGAACAUGACUCCCACCCGACAAAGCUUCGUCGCCAGGGUUCGCCAGGCUCCAAACUGAUGUCGGCCCUGCGUUCUUGGUCAAAUAGUGUUUCUAGUGCUUCCUUUGCUGAACCCGAAGAUACUUCUUUUCCCGCCAGUCCGCCUGGUCUGCGGCGAAAACUUUCCCUGGCUCUAUCCAAGGGCCAACUUGAUCCAACAGUAGUCCACCGGUUACAAUUCAAGAGUCGACCAAGCAUUAUUUCUCUCGAUAGGGAAGUCGUCGAAAUAUUUCCCAAAGCACCUGAAGGGUCUCCGUCGACAUCUGCGGGUAGUUCAAGUAUGAAUAGUGGAAAGUCAUCUGUCCCUAGGCCUGGCGAAUCGACGGGGAAGACGUCUCUGGAUUCCAAGUUCUCUACAAAAUCCAAGGGUGUAUCUCAGCAUUCCUCGGAGAACAAAAAGGCCGCGUCAAAUCAGACUACGCCUGAGGGUGGUUCCAAUGAGAACAUCCUCACUCCGAUCGCCGAGGUAGAGACUGUGGAGGCACCGGUGCCCAUUCCAAGUAAGUCGCUCUGGGCUACAAUACACGACCUACAGUCCACUAAACUGGUGCAAGCUAUUAUCACUGUCGAGAAAGCUGCCGCAGCUAAAGUUUUCUUCGAGUGUCACUACAAUGACCUGACCUCAAUUGCAUUGACACCCCGCUCGCUACGCCGUCGACAGCUUGAGCAGAUCCUAUAUGAAGAUACAACGUCCACUCAAACUGAGAAAGAUCGAAAACGUAAAUUCUUGAGCAGAAAGGAGAGCGAACAUCUUCGUGAGACACGGGUCAUGAAAGGCCAUAGAUCAAUCGCUUGGAAGGGAAAUGAUAUUACUACGUCUAAAUAUGAGAUUGUGAAGGUUCUAGGCAAGGGAAGUUUUGGAGUUGUGCGCCUUGUGAGAGAGAAAUUUGAGCAAGAAGGACCUGUCGACCCACAGAAAAAGCAAGAGGUAUAUGCUAUGAAAGUCAUCCGCAAGCCAGAUAUGCUCCGUAAUAGCCAAGAGGGUCAUCUCCGAGCAGAACGCGACUUCCUUGUUUCUGCCGAAGGCUCUCGUUGGGUUGUAUCAUUGAUAGCAAGUUUCCAAGACUUGAACAAUCUAUAUCUCGUCAUGGAUUAUAUGCCUGGAGGCGAUUUCCUUGGACUGCUGAUCCGUGAUAAUAUACUCUCGGAACCGGUAACAAAGUGGUACAUCGCGGAGAUGAUCCUAUGCAUCGAAGAAGCUCACAGGCUUCGUUGGAUUCAUCGCGACAUUAAGCCGGACAACUUUCUCAUAUCGGCCUCUGGUCAUCUCAAGAUCUCUGACUUUGGUCUUGCAUUCGAUGGCCAUUGGUCUCAUGAUCAAGCAUACUUCAACAAUCAAAGAUACUCAUUGCUUACCAAGCUCGGAAUAAACGUUGAAGGCGACACGAUCGACAGGAAGGAAGGCCGCACUAUUGCUGCUGCAAUGAAGAUUGCUAGCGUUCUCAUAGGAGGCAAAGAGCGUCAUGACAGACACUCCUCAAAUAAUUCUGACGGUGAAGGCAUUCUUAAUUGGCGUAAUCGCAAUGGUAACCGGACCUUGGCGCGGUCUGUCGUAGGAACCAGUCAGUACAUGGCCCCGGAAGUGGUUAGGGGCGAACUAUAUGAUGCUCGGUGUGACUGGUGGAGCGUUGCUGUCAUCUUGUACGAGUGCCUUUAUGGCCACACUCCAUUUCUCGCCGAAGAAGGAGGCAGACAACAAACUAAGAUGAAUAUUCUGAACCACAAGACAACGUUUGAAUUUCCUCACAAGCCAUUGGUGAGCAAGAGAUGUCAAGAUCUGAUUCGUAGCAUCAUCCAAGAAAAGGACACUCGUCUCUGUUGCAAACGCUACAAACUUAGGGACCAAUUGCCGGCCUCCAGUCGUCAAAACAGAGACCAUACCGGCCGCUAUGUUCUUCCAGACGAUGCGGACGACAUCAAGGCCCAUAAAUGGUUCAGAGAUAUUCAUUGGGACCGUUUGCACUUGACGGUGCCUCCAUUUGUUCCAAAUAUCCGCUCGAUGGACGAUACCCAUUAUUUUGACGAAGAAGAUCCAAUAUCUGAUUUCUCAGAAUCGGUUUCACUGCCUACACCAACCACAGAAGAAAUUACAAAUGCUCUGAAGCCAUUCAACCGCGAGAUUCAAGUUAUUGCAAAGGGCUUUAUUGAUCGACCCCAUGAUUCAGCAAGAUUGAGAAAAGUUGAGAGAGAAAUUGACGAGUUUGUGUUGUGCGAGGAACAGAAGGAUUACUUGAAAGCCUUUGUUAAGCAUUACGGCAGAAAGGAAAGAAAGAGGCCACGAGAUAGGCUGCUGCGAGAUAAGGAUACUGCGCCCAAAGUGUUGGAAUUGAGGAAGCAAGGAGCCUUUCUGGGGUAUACGUAUCGCAGAUUCAGACCCGUAAAGGGCAACGUUGACAGAAGCUCCCGGGUAUCCACUAUCGUGGGAAACACGCCGGGGAAGAGAACUGUCUGGCACCGGGCUAGAUUGAGCAUUCAUUGA